AAACCGGCGACAGACAUGGACUGUGUCACCAAUCAAGACUCCCUGUACCUUCCCAGCUCUGUCAGUGCCUCCCUGGAGGACGUGGACCUAUGGAGCCAGUUCCACCAGGAAGGGACCGAGAUGAUCAUCACCAAAUCUGGACGGCGGAUGUUCCCACAGUGUAAGAUUAGGCUAUUUGGGCUGCAUCCUUACACUAAAUAUGUGGUACUGGUAGACUUUGUGCCCCUGGACAACUGCAGAUACAAGUGGAACAAGAAUCAGUGGGAGUCUGCAGGAAAAGCAGAACCACACCCUCCAUGCAGGACCUAUAUUCACCCGGACUCCCCAGCCCCUGGCACCCACUGGAUGAAGGACGUCAUCUGCUUCCAGAAACUAAAGCUCACCAAUAACACACUGGACCAACAUGGACAUAUCAUUUUGCACUCCAUGCACAGGUACAAGCCCAGGUUCCAUGUCAUCCAGGCUGAUGAUGUGUACAACAGCCGCUGGGGGUUACUGCAGGUUUUCAGCUUCCCAGAGACAGAGUUUACUGCAGUCACAGCCUACCAGAAUGAGAAGAUCACAAAAUUAAAAAUUGACCACAACCCAUUUGCCAAAGGAUUCCGGGAACAGGAGAGAAGCCACAAAAGGGAUGACCUUUUGAAAAAUGUGCCACAGAGUCCAAGCAAACGUCAAAAAAGAAAGAAGUGGGAGAACAGUCCUGAAGCAGAAGAUGAAGAUCACUGUAAAGUUGCAUGUGUGAAGGAAGAGCCUUGUGAUGUUCCUCCAGGAGUAUACUCUCAAUGGGUUCCAGAUCAUGAAGGAAGCCAGAACCUGGCCCCCAACUCUCCAGAUUUGACAGGAUCUCCAAGCCAAGAACAGCAGGUGCCUUCAUCCUCCUCCAGAUUUUUAUACAGAAGUCCAAGCAGAAGAUAUCUUCAGCCACUUUCAGGGUCUUUGGAUUUGUGUGAAGCGCAAGGCAGACGUCUUACGCCAGAUGUAGCAACAGUGCCGGAUCCCGAUGCGUUUCAGGUGCCCUCAUUGCCUUCACUGCGCCCUGCACAGGAUCGCUCAAGUGUCAUGAAUAUCCCCAUUGAUGCACCAACAAGACAGAGUCUGCGAGGACCUAUGUAUAGCCCAUAUGGAGCAGAACAGUGGAUGGUUCCCACACAAGGACAAUAUCGCCCCAUGAGCUACUCCUAUCCAACAGAAUUCAGCACACAGGGGGCAGUUGGCCACCCACACAAUGGCAUGACAGACUGGAGCCAGUAUUCUCUGUUCCCAUAUACUUGCUGGUGAAUUGGAAGAAAUACAGACUAUGGACUGCACAAAAGUAUUCCAUGACACAGCUUAUCAAUUUUUAUUUUUAAAAUUCAGUACAUAUUGGGAAAACCUCAGACUUAAUUUAUAAGUCUGGCUUAAAAAAGCAGGGUAUUGUUUCCAGUUCCCUAAAAGAUCUCCCCCCCCAUUUGUAUGUAUUCUAUUCUUUGCUAACAGAAUUUCUGUAAAAUGAUUUGAGUAUAAAGGACUGUUAUUGGGGUUAAAUCCACAAGCCCACCGCUGCUAAUGGUGGCGACAUUUUACUUUCCAGUUGAUGGACCGAAUACAAAUGUAAGAUGCUCUUAGACUGACUGGAUGGCGCAAAGCAUGGACUAUAUAGAGUCAGACCACCUUCUGCUGUACAAUACCAGCCUGACGACGUUUACCCCUCUACCCUUCUCUAGUUCUCGGCCUGCUAGAAGAAGGCUCUCCUUUGUUUAGCAUUGCUUUGCACCGUGGUGGUGUCUGUUUUUCUGUGGUAUGAAUAUUAUGUUUCAGCUGUAACAUUUGCUUUUUGCUGUUUGCACACUUUCCGUCUUGGAUGUGAUGAGCACAUUAUGGGGGACACGAUUUAUAUAUAGAAGUAAUGCACGUGGAUUUUGAAUUUGCUGCAUGUGUCACUCAGGUUUGCUUAUACAAAGCAUGCAACUUUUUUUUUUUUUUUUAGGAGUUUCUUUGAAAUUCGGGCUUUAACUAAUGUGUGAAUUAGAGGAUUUUUCUCAUAUAACGUACACUUUGGAAGAUUGGUGUAUUGUCUUACAGGCUGCAGUGUGGUUUUGUCUUGACUCACCAGUGCUAUAUGUAGCCUAAGGCCGCUUUCACACAUCAGGGUUUGGUCAGUGAUUUCCGUCAGUGAUUAUGAGCCGAAACCAGAAGCGGAGCCUCCACAGAUGAGGUAUAAUGGAAAGAUUGUGUGUCUUUGACCCGCACCUCAAUCGCUGAUGUGUGAACGCAGCCUGACUCGUCAGAUUUAGAAUAGUGUCCUAUGUAUAAACCUUAAUAUCUGUAAAUAAAUUUUAUUUAAAGAAAAUGG